AAGCCUUAAAAGUUGUUAAUCUGUUUGUGAACGUCGGACCAACACAACGUAAUAGUCUUCACAAAAUUCAUAGUAUUUUAUAUCGGUUUAUUGUUGUUGGUAUUUUAAAAUAAACCUUGAUAGGUAAAGGAGGCACAUUCAAAUCAGAUGGCGCCACAAGUGGAGGUGGUGGUUGGGCCGGUGACGCUCGGCGAGGGCCCUCACUGGGACGACGCGGCGCAGGCGCUGUACUUCGUCAGCAUCUUCGACUACACCAUACACAAGUAUGUGCCGGCCACGGGCAAGCACACUAGCGCCAAAUUGGAGGAAAUGCCGACCUUCAUCAUUCCCGUCCAAGACAAGCCGGACCACUUCGUGAUCUCGCUCAAGCGGCGCGUGGUGGUGGUGCACUGGACCGGGGAGGGAGAGGCGCGUGUGGUUAGGGAGGUCACCGAGGUGGACCAGGAGAAUCCUGGGAACAGGUUCAAUGAUGCCAAGGCUGACCCGAGGGGACGGCUGUUUGCUGGCACAAUGGGCAACGAGUACGAGCCAGGCAAGUUCACAGUGAAGAAGGGAGCCCUCUAUACCGUCAGCCCGACAGGACGCACCACCAAACUGGAGGGAGACAUCGACAUCUCUAACGGACUCUGCUGGGAUCUGAAGGAGAAGGCCUUCUACUAUGCCGACUCGUUUGAGUAUGCUAUUCGAAGAUACGACUAUGAUGUGGAGACUGGAAAUAUUUCGAACCCCCGCAUAGUGUUCAAGUACGCGGAGCACGGGCUCGAGGGCAUCGCGGACGGCAUGACCAUCGACACCGACGGGAAUCUGUGGGUCGCCAACUUCGACGGACGACAGGUACUAAAAAUCGACCCCAGAACCUCCACAAUCCUGCAGAAAGUGGCGAUCCCAGCUCUACAAGUGACGUCAGUGACAUUCGGGGGGCCCAACAUGGACGAGCUAUUCGUGACGACAGCAUCAAUGAACCGCGGGGAGGAGCAGCCGCCGCCAUGUGGGUCCACCUUCAGAGUCACGGGACUGGGGGUGAAGGGACACCCUAAUGUGCCAGUUAAAAUGUUGCUCGAAUAAAUGGAUUUUGUUUUUAGGUUA